AAUCAGUGGCCGGCAGUCUGCUGCAUGUGGCCCACGGGCCGCGGGUUUGAGACCUGAUCUGCUGUAGAGGAAUUUCCGCUACAUAUUAAACAGUGAAAAGAGUCUGUAGUUGAACAGACUUGGUGUAAUCCAACUAUAAAUAGAACUAGAAUGGAUUUUUGACUUCAGGACUGUUUAUCGUCUGGAUUUAAUGUGGUUGUCAGUUUAAAUGCUGAUUUUAAAUUUUUUUGUUGUAAUGUUUUAAAUGAUGAACCUGCGUGUGUGAUGUUUCCUUAUUGAAGAUUUUACUAUCUCAGCGAUGAUACAUGUGAUCAUUCAGUACACUUUGUACCUGGAUGUGAGUCGUCGCACACUCUCAGGUGUGAGUGCACAUCACAGCCAGUUGGGCAGCCGACCGUCCUCCUCCUCCUCAAUCAAUAAUUGAAACGGCCGCCUCAUAUCCAUGGCACCUGGCCCCCUUUUCUCUCUCCCAUGCUCACUUGCUUGCUCUUUCCACGAACACCGCCGAUGACAAGGGGAAUAAAAGAGCCCGUGAACGGCAGAGAGAAGGAGAGUUAGGGAGGCACAAUCAGUCCACUGCACAGGUGUUAUUGUUAUUGGACCCUGGAAGGAGCAGCAGAAGGUGACUGUGCUGUGUAUAAAUACAGACGUUUGAAUGGGAAAUCGGACUCUGUCUUGUCUCUGACGUCCAUUCUACCAGACUGGUUUUUUUUUGUGUGUGUGUGUGUGAGAAGUUUAUAUUUGACUGAAAGUUUGGCCACAAUGUCGGGAGCAAACAGUGACCAGCUGCACAGAUCCACUCUGACCGUCUAUUCGAACCUGAUGGAACAGUUCAACCCAGGCCUCCAGAAGCUUGUCACUCUUGGAGACAGCUACGUCAAAGCCUUUCAAGCCUUGGCUGUUUGCAGUGAGGCCUACUUCAGUGCUGUGGCUAAGAUGGGCGACCAGGCACUUCACACGCUCUCCUCUCGCUCUCUUGGCGAUGUCCUGAUCCAGAUAUCAGACACACAGAGGAGACUCACCGCAGAGAUGGAGGGAGUGUUUCGAUGGUUCCAGGUCGAGGUGCUGCAGGCUAUGGAGAAGAACGUAAAGCUGGAUGAGGAAUACAUCGAUGGAAGUCGCAGAGUGUAUGAGCUGGAGGUCAGAAAUCAGGCAGAGGCUCUGGAGAAGCAGCUCAGACGAGGAACCUUCAGAGACUCUCUGGAGAACAGUGAUUACAUGUUGUACCUGAGGCAGAGCCAGCAGGAGAUCCUGAAGGAGGAGGAGAGGAGGUAUCGCUUCUUGGCAGAGAAGCACUGUGGCCUCACUCAGUCGCUACUCUUCCUCAUAAACAAGACGGGCGCGUCUCUGCAGCAGAAGGCAGACGGAUGGAAGGAGAAAGUGAACGAGACCAGAGGGUCCAGACCUCGAACACCCACCCACUUGGACCAAGAGGCACAGCUGCGAGGUUCAGUGAGCUCCCUGCUGCAGACGGUAGCCCGAGAUGAAGACAUGUCCUGGGCCAGGAGGGAGCAACAGGCACUGGGCAGAGUGCCCUCUAGAGCACCGUCUCCUCUCCCGAGCCGCUCUCGCUCCAGCUCAGUGGGUGAAUCUCUGGGUCUGGGCGGAGGCCGAGCCAUGAGAGCCCUGGUGUCUCAUCCGUCCUCGUCCAACCCAAAGCUUCUGCCGUUCAAUAGAGGAGAGACUGUCACCGUACUGGUUCAGGAACCACGCAAUGGCUGGCUGUAUGGACGCACAGACAGCAGCCUGCGUCAAGGAUGGUUCCCUGCCACUUAUGUGGCACCUGUAGAAGAUGUCUCCAACACUUUAGCGACAAGCGGUGGUUCACUAAGAAGCCACAGUAUGAACAACCUGCUGGACCCCACUGAGCAAACAGAGAGCAAGAGCUAUGGAGAUGUCCCGCCUCCGGCCACGCCCACCCGUAGAGCCUCUGUAGACUUGCGUUCGGUGUCUCCACUCCCUGAGAAAAAGACAGAGUCUGCGACGGAGCUAAAGCCCAGUCUGACAAAGAGCUACAGUGAACACCAACCUCCACCACCGCCGCCGCCUCCUCCAUCGAGUCUUCGACGGGGCUCUGUCGAUUUUCAAACAAUGUCUCUCCUCCCUGACAGGAAGAGCGAGUCGGCAUCUGAUUUCCAGAGAUUGUCACCACAGGGAGCGACUGAAAACCGUCUGUUUCCCAGAGGCACAAACCCGUUCGCCACUGUAAAGCUUCGCCCCACGACGACCGACGACAGAUCUGCUCCGCGGAUCCCCUGACCCGUCAGCACUCGUGCAGGCAGGGUUGUGUAAUUGAGGCUGCCAGAUCAGGUUGUAGAAGCGGUGUAUGUCAUCUCUGAAAUAUGAGGCUUUACAUCAGAUAUGGCAUUUUUGUACAUUAUUAGAAAAGAUUGGGAGUAUUUAUUGCACCAUAAACAAAAGUAGUACUGUAGUGGCUCUAAGUAAUUAAAAAUGACUGUUACCAAUGUCGUUUUUUGGCUAACUUCCUGUCUGUUGAUGCCGUUAGCAUCCUCAAAGAUUUACUGUUGGACCUUUAAACAUCAAAACCAUGAAGUUUUUUUUCUUUUUUUGGUCAAAUAUUUAAAGGUAGAUAUUUAUGUACGUCUAUUUUUUUUCAUUUUGCUAAAUAUCAAGUGAUAGCUUGCAGGUGGUUAGCUUAGCAUCAGGGGAAAAAGCUAACCUGGCUCCGUUUGUAGGUUAGUAAUCCACCUACAGUGUCUUGAAAGGCAUCUAUAAAUAAAACGUAUUGUUGUUGUUGUUAUUAU